ACAAGCAUAUUAAGAGUAGUUAAGCUAGCGAAAACGGAAAAGUGAUAAGAUGGUAAGAGUAUAUUAAUGCAGAGAAGAAGAGACAGGGAGGCCACACACACACACUUGACACUUCACAAAUCCCUUGUCUUUCUUCCUUCUCUUUUUUUGGCCAGCAAAUUAGAGUUUGCAGCUGUCAAUCUCUCUCUCUCUCUCUCCCUCUCUCUCACUCACAUCUUUUAAUAAAAAUAAUAAAUUUGUUUCCUUUCCUUAUAUAUUUUUGUUGCAAUCAUAAUCAACCAACACCUCUGUUCCAAACAGCCAUCAAAUAAUAACCAUAAUACACCAUCAUAAACCAUACCCACCUUACCUCCUUCUUUCACCCUCUUCAAAUGCAAUGAUUCCUCUGCUGCCAAUCACACAUAUAUAGUACAAAGCAGAGACAUUUUAUGGAAUUUUGGCCUAGGAAAAAAGAAGAAGAAAGAGCUUAAAUGAAUGAGACAGCGAGUCUUCAUGCACCAACUAGGACACCCAUUUCUUCUUUGGAUGCAAUGGCUCAUCACCACCCGCAUUAUCGGUCACCCUUCGGAGACACAACGUUCACUAAGUUGUUCGUUGGAGGACUAGCCUGGGAGACUCCUACCGAAGAAAUGCGCAAAUAUUUCGAGCAGUUCGGAGACAUUCUUGAAGCUGUCAUCAUCACUGACAAGAACACCGGAAAAUCCAAAGGCUAUGGAUUCGUAACAUUCUGUGGACAAGAAUCAGCUAGAAGGGCAUGUGCUGAUCCAAAUCCAAUAAUAGAUGGAAGAAGAGCUAAUUGUAAUAUUGCUUCUCUUGGAAGGACUAGACCAUCACCACCUAGUGGGAGGAAUACAGUUCAAGGUGGAGUAGGAACAGCACAGGGUGUUCCAGGAGCGGGACCGGCGCCGUCACUACCGCCGCCACCACCUGUUCUGUAUCCACCAUAUGGCUAUACAACCUACACUCCUGAUUAUGGGUACCACCAAGCCACGAUGUACAACCCACAGAUUCAGCAACCACAAUACUAUCAACAACUUUAUGAAGCAUCAUCUUCUACCAUGGGCACCCCAUAUUACUAUGGUUAUUCUGUGCAAGCACCAAGAAACACAUUUUCUUCUCCCCAAGCAAAUCGUCUAUCACCUGGACCGUCCUAUCUAUACUACCCUAUACCAAUAGAAGUCUCAUUCUCUGGAUAUCGUCCUCCCCAACAAUCACCAAUGAGGCAAACCUUUCCUUCCCCUAAAGGGGUCCACAUGGGCAACCACAGAGCCAUGUGAAUGAGCUGUCUCGGUUGUGCCAUGAAUCGUAUGAUGUAUAAUGGGUCAACGUGGGAAGUCAUGACAGAGGGAGAGAGGGUCAUCGUGUAAAGUAACAGUGGAUAGUCCGAUAGUGGAUACAUGUGGUUUUUUUCAGUAGGAAAAAUAAAUAAUUGUGGUGGUUAAUUCUUUAAAGCAGUCAAAUGUUCUGUCAUUCAUGCAUGGGCUGGCCAACAUUGCAUGUUAGAUACUAUAUAUAUAUUGUACUGUAUAUACCAGUGCUGUAAUUUUUUUAUUUUAAAUAAAUACGGCCAUUACAGUUCAAAGCUAACAGAA